AGAAAUCUGGAAUCGUGGAAUGGCCGUUUUACUUCCGCUAACAGAUAAUCACUUCCGGUAAGUCUACUAGUGUCCAUGCCAUGUCCUGCGCGGUUAGAAACCAGAAAUUGUCAAAUUUAUAUUGUAAAUUUGGUCGUGAAAAACGCUUGAAAUUAAAAGGUAGGUUUUUAUAUGGCCCUAAAUUGGUUGUAUGGUGUUUUUAUAUUAUUUAUUAGGUGUAUUCCCUGUUAUAAUACAUUUUUGCAAUAUUUAUUGCCAGUUUUUUAAUCGCCCCUGAUUUACACUAUAUUAAAAAUAAUAUAUAUAUAUUAUAUAUAUAUAAAAUGGCAUGUCGAUCAUUCGAUCAAGAAUCCACUUAUAUAAUAUGGAGAUCCUUGUGCAAGUAUUCUUGCUUCAAGAGAGAUUUUGGUUACUCUCAAUAUCACUGAGAAACAGAUAUUCUCAUGUAAUGAUGUGUAUAAUAAUAUGUCAGUUCAAUGUUUAUGUUUGCAAUGUGCUCAGCCAAUCAGCAGUUAGGACACCAUUUGUUACAUAUUAGUUUCUCAUCCAGGGCUGUCCCCAAAGUUGAUGCAGGCGGGCGGCCAUUACCAUUAUGCCACUAUGUAGAUUGAGUGCCACCUUUGUGCAUGCUUGUACAAUUUUCUGUUUAAUUAAAAUUUUCAUUAAUUUCCUGUACGAUAUUAAAAUGUAAAGCAAUGUGUUGCUAUUUGAGCUUCAAUUAAUAUUAAAAUGUAAAGUGUCUACGGUAGGAAAGAAAUGGUAUUUUGAAAAGGAGUGUGUAAAAUUUGGUUUGUGACAGUUGUAAUGCUCUUUUUUGUAUUUUAAUAGUCAAAAUUGUAAUAAUGGCCAUCGAGGCGGCUGCCUAAAAAAGCCAUGCAGGCAGGGCAUGAGAAACUAAUAUGCAACAUGGGUGGAUUUACUGCCCCCCCCCAUAGAAUCUCUCUAACCCCUCUUAUAAAGUAUUCAACCCCACCAAAAUUUCACUUCACCCCUCCCACUGUAUUUUGUGUGAAAGUUUUAACAUGUAUAGUAACCCUAACCCCUGCCGAAGCUCGUUCAGUGGUGCCGCAGCUGCUUGCACCCCACUAGACAUUUUUCCAUCCCUCCUUUUAAAAAAAUGAAAAUCUGCCCUUGAUAUUUAUAGAGCCUUGUUGUCAUGUGACAUUAGUUAAAGUCCAAUGUUUCAAACAGGAUAGGUUCUAUAGCCAAGUUGGUGUACUUUCCGGAAGUGUACAUUGUGAAUAAACCAACUUGUUAUGAAUCUGAUUAAAUUAAAUUAGUAUAAUCAUAUUUUCUUAGGUUAGAACCAUGGCAUCUGAUGGAAAACAUGAGUCUACUGAUGAAAGAAGAGGCAGUAACCCUCCUGACUUUUCUGAUCAAGAACAAGAGUUAGCUCGAAAUGCUCUCACAGAAUUUGAAUCGGCUCGUUACGACACUUGCCUCGGUUCCUUGUCAAAGCUUGAGGACCUACGACCGAAGGAUGCCAAAGUUGCGCAUAACAAGGCUGUAGCAGAAUUUUAUAAAUCUGGAUGUGAAAAAACUGAGGACCUUUUGAAAACUCUAAAUAGUGUCAAAAAGAAGGUAUCUAAUUAUCAAGCCCUUUACAAUCAUUUGGAGGUGCCGAUGUAGGGUCUUGCACCAUUGGCACGUGAUACUUCUAUCUUCUAUGUUAUUUGUGGGGACACUGAUAAACCUUUUUUUCUGGUUUUUUUUUCAGCCCCUUUACAUUAUUUUUUGACAACACACUUUUAUGUUGGGCAAAACGAAUACAUUAACCCCCAAUGUGAUUCCGGUUUCAUAUUCUGAAAAACAUAGGGUACCUGUAGGUUAAACUUAUUUGUAGCACAUAUCACUGACAUAUAUAGAUCAGUGGUUGGGAAAGAGAUCGGCUGUGGUGCAUGAUGGGAAGGUGAAGCAAUUCUCCCCACACCUUCAAUCAAUUCAUUGCACCCCCCCAAUUCACAUAAAGCAACUGGGGACAAAGCAGUUACUUAACUUAAUCAUACAUUUACUAGCUAAUUAUCUUUCUUUUACUAGAUGAAUCACAAAAGUUCAGAUACAGAGGCUGAAACUUCUGAUGUGGAGAAAGCCGUUUUACUUUAUAAUAAAGCUGUUUACUGUUUUUAUGUAUGUAUUUUUGAUUGAUGUAUCACACAACAUUUUUCAGUUUAUAAGCAAGCAUUACAUAGUAGCUGACAGUGGUCAUCUGAUGAGAGCAAGGGAAUUAGUUUAUGUUCCCUCAAUUCUGUGUCUUUGCUACCAAACGCAAGACAUAAUGAAAAGAUUGGUGCCUCGCUCUGAUGACUACCAUCUGCUUGCACAAUAGUGCUUGAUGAUAUCCACUCAUUUCUGUUUAAAUGAAAACAUUAUUAGAAGAGAAACCUAGCUGUAGCUGUUUUAUUUGUUUUAAAUUUAGGUCAAAAAAUAUGUUGAAGCAUUGGCAAAUUUAGAAAGACUUUCUAAAAUAGUUGAAUCUCUUGGUAAGUUAAUGCAAUUGCAAUAGAAGUUUUAUCCCUCUCUGGUUGUUUAAACACUUAUUACAGCUAAGAAUUAUAUGGCCACUAUAAACUAGACUAUGAUUGUCUAUUUUACUUGCCACAGUAGUUUUGACUCGUACCUGUAUGUUGCAUUAUGUUUCUUCAGAUAAAAAUCUUGCCCAAAAUGUAUGUUUUCUUCUUGUGGAAGUUUGCUUGAUAACUUACCAGGUAAAAUGCCAUUUGAUAAAGUUGGAAUAGAACUUUCUUAUGACCUUGCCUAUUUCUUCAACCUGAUACUCGGGGUUUCGGGGGUAGCGGAAGUGACUACCCUGAGUAUCAGGUUGCUAUUUCUUCUACAAAAUAUUUUUUCUGCACAUAUUUCAGACAGAAAAGGCUACAGCAGUUUUGAAUUCACUCGAGAAACUUUUGUAUGACCCAGCAAAACAAUCAUCUGAGGUAAUAAUAUUCUGGAGUUUACAGCUUACAGUACAUAAGACAAUAUUGUACUAGUAUACAGUAUGCCUAAGCCUUCUCAGCUCUGAUGGAGUGGCCUGCUUUGUUUCUUUGAACAAAGAUCAUUGUCUUUAAAAAUGCGCUGUUACAUAUCUGUUGUCACAGAUCUGCAAACAAGUUGCAACAAGGUUGUUGUCAAGCUGAUACCAGGAUGUGUUUGUACUGCUUGUUACCAGUUGUUCCAACAAGUUGUUCAUACCAAGUUCCUAAGAGCUUGUUGUCAUCAACUUGUUAACAAUUUGUUAUGUGCAGACAAUAUCAUGCAGACUUGAUGGAACAACUUGUUGCAAGUUGUUGGCCUCAUUAUAACCUUGUUACAAGAUGAUAACAACUUGUUCCAGACUUGUCAACAACUGGGAACAAGCCGUGCGAACAUAUCUUGUUGACAAGCUUUGAGAUUUUUGCGCAUGUAGAUGUCUUCAUGCUAACUUGACUAAAUCUUCAUUUAUCAGUAUCCUUUUCUCUAACAGUAACUUCAGUAUCUUCAAGUUUCUAUUUACCAUAUCUGUCCAUCUCAUCUUUCGUCUCCCAACUACAGAUUUGUCAUAAUUCUAUGUCUGUACUGAAUAUAUCUUCUAUGGUUCACACUCAAACCAUUGCAUUCCUGCUUUUCUUAACUUCCCUUCAAGCAAUAAGUUAUUGCCAUAUAUACAACCUUGAAUACAAGGAACUUUACAGGCAAUUGCCACUUAAUCAUAAACUCCGGCCAUGUUGUUGAUUUCCAACCAACUUUGGGUUUUCUUAAGAACUGUAAUGAAGAUGGAACGAAAAAGCCAGAGAGUGAUAUACCAAAACCAGAUGAUCAACAGAAACUAAGAUUACACAAGGUUAGUGAAGUGAUGGAUUCGAUCUAUUUCAUACACUAUGUGUACUGCAUAAAAUACGGAUGGUUAUCCGUAAGACUGUAAACAACAAAGUGAAGCUGAUAAUUUAUUAUCUUCCUUUAGUACAGGGCAAGGGUUCACUUGCUUCAGAAAUCUAUCAAAGCUUGCAAGAAAGAAAUCAAGACGAUCAUGAAUGUAAAUAACAUGGUAUGACCUUCAUUGUACUGUAUUUCUUAGAGUUCACGUACAGUAGCCUUGACAAGUAACUUGCGUGUGCGAAUUAUUUUGCCAAAAACCGUUCUGUGGCUUUGUUUAAUUAAGGGUGCAAAUAUCUCAUGAACAUGUUUUGACUCAAUAUAAUGCAAAUUUUCUCAAGUAUGGAAAAAAAUAUUUGUCAUUCUUUUUUCUUCCAAAAUUUAAUAUCAGCCGAGGUAGUCAAUGCCACCUUAUACUUACAGAAUACUCCAACACUAUCAGUUUAUAAUACCAUGUAUUCUCUUCUUGAGAAAAUCAAUGUUAAAGGUACCGACGUUUAUGCUAGAUUUAGUAGAUUUGGUGAACAAACCUGACUAGCCUUGUUUUGGUGCUUUUUUUUCCACAUUUCGUAAAACAAUGUAAAAUUGUGGUAGCUAGUUUUUUAACCUUAUAUUUCCUCCUCUUUAUUUGCAUAUUCAGUAAAUAAAGGACAUGAAAUUUUAACCUUUUUUCCUUUGCAGGACACAGAAGGACUUUUCAUAAAAAGUAACUUCGAGUAUGUUCGUCAUAAUGAACGAAAAGCUGUGAAAAUUCUCAACAGUGCCUCGAAAGACAACCAAGUUUUAAAGACAGGCGAAUCAGUGUCUGCAAUGUACUACAAUAAUCUGGGAUGCCUCCAUUUUCAAAUGCAGAAAUUCAACUUAGCAUCGUUUUAUUUCUGUCGUGCUAUUGCUGAGAAUGAGAAAGCACUUGCUUUGAUUGCGUCAGUCGACAAAAGUGAGUAAUUUACUGUAUACAACUAAGACCCCGUUCACACGUUACCGGCAGAGUUUGAAAACGGUACGAAAUUCUUACGUUUAGAGGUUGCGUUCACACGCGAUGCCGGUAUGAAAAAAUGUGAAACCGUAACGUUAACCGUAAGAGUUUGAAAACGGUAUGCAAACCUAAGAGUUUGAAAAUAGAACGAAAUUCUACCGUCAGAGUGCCGUGUGAAUGCCUAACCGUAAGAAUUUCAUUACGGUUAUGCAAAAUGAAAUUAGCAAAACUGCAAAAGUUGUUGUUGGAUAUUUUAUUCUGUCUAUUUUAACUGAUUUGUGCAGCAUAUUGUCAAAGCGAAAUAUAAUCUGCCGUUAUCGUGUGAACAGUUGAAACCGUGAUGAUUUUCUACACACGUAAAAAUCUCACAACCUGUCAACAAGAUGUGUUCGCAACAGGCCUGGAGCAAGCUUGUCAACAAGUUGUGACAAUGUUGUUAUUUCAUCAAGUUGCUACAAGGUUGUCAUUCACAACUUGUUGACAAAUUAUUGAAUUGCAGGACGAUAACAAGUUGUUCAAACCUCUUGUAACAAGUCUGUUGAGCUGAACAACCUUGUAGCAAGUUGCCAACAAGCCGUUGACAACUUGUCAACAAGCUGGGAACAAGCAGUGCGAACACAUCCUGUUGACAAGUUGUUGGAGUAGCGUUGCUGCAAGUCUGCCGCAGGUUUGUUACAACUUGUGCGUUUUUACGUGUGUACCGUCAGAAUUCCAUGCCGGUAUCGUGUGAACGGGCUCUAUAAGUCCCUUCUUGCUACAGGCGAAACUGAAGUACCUGGGUAGUGGGUACUGCGAUUAUACGGUUAGCAUUUCCAUAGCGCAUAUUUACAUUAGGAUAUGAUCAAAUGUGCUUUACAUUUAACAGUUAUUCUACGAACUCGAGUCGAAUAUGAGCUGAUAGUCAUAUUCGACGAGAGUGAGUGGAAUAACUGUUUUAUUAUAUACACAAGGUCUGAAUUCACAGACUUUGCUUUUCGGAUAUUUUCAAUAUUUUUCUAUUUUGUUUAUCUUUUUAUCUUAUAACCCCAUAAGAGUAUAUCUAAACGAUAAACUGAUCAAUUUCACAACCAAAUAUAGAUAUCUUGGAGUAUUGGUGGACCAGAAUGUAAACCUGAAAGAACAUUUUGGUCAGGCUUUUAGGAAAGCAUCUGGCAGGUUAAGGUUGCUUAAGAAAAUACGAUCUUCUCUAACUAUGGACGCUGCUGAAUCUAUAUACAAAUGCAUGAUAAUGCCACUACUAACAUAUUCCAGCGUUGUUACUCUAAACUUGAAUGCCACCCAAACUUCACGAAUUGAAAAUCUCCAGGAUCGAGCUUCUAGAGUAAUAAAAUCAAGUGAAUCGGCAGAUCUAAGACUACCUGACCUGAUGAGCUUUGCAAAGCUGCAAACGUGUUCCCUGGUGAAACAAUGCAUGGACAGGAAUGUGUGUAGUAACUUUCACAGUUAUUUUAAACGGUUACAACAUGUAAAGAACACAAGGAACAACGGAAUAAGUGUCAGGAUUCCCAAAAUACGCUUGGAAUCCACAAAGCAUGCCUUUUAUUAUAAUGGAGCAAUUGAAUUCAACAAAUUGCCCAAAGAUAUUAGAGAAAUUGACAGUUUUAUGCUUUUUAAACGAAAACUUAAAGAGAACCUUAGUUCAUUAUAAUCCUUUACAGAAUUGACUGCAGUUAGAUUUUUAAUAUUUUUAAUAUAUUGACUUUUUAUACUCAUAAUUUUUAGUAGUUUUAGGUAAACAGGACAUGCGUUGAUAGCAGUGUAUAGUCACUGAAGCAUUUUUUUAUCCUGUGUAAAUAUUUUUUAAUAAUAAUAAUAAUUGCUCUUUCGGCCGAUUAUUUCUUCAAAAAUAUAUAUUUUUAACCAUUUUAAAUUUUAAAAAUUCAUUUGCUGACCUGUGAACAAUUUGUGGGAGUUUUUCAUUGUGUUUUUAAUCCUGUAAAGGCUAUAAAAAGCGAACAACUUGCUGUUUUCUCGUUCGCAAAAAUCGGAAAUUCAGUUUGAGCCGCCAUUUUGUUUUUCUCUACUAGUAGGAUAUGGGAAGAGGCUAUUUCGCUGGCCUCAGAGUGACAAAACGUAACAAAGCAACGGUUUUACUAACACUAACUCUAUUCGGUCCAAACACCAACUCUAACCCCAACCCUAAUCCUUACCCUAACCUAACCCUACUCCAAGUUUGUUUCUAAACCAAUCUUGAAGAAAAUUUUUUUGACGAAAUGUCAUUCUGAGGUUAGCGAAAUAACUUUUUCCUAGGAUAUGAGCUAAUAUCCUGCUAGUAGAGAACCAAUCAGAUUGAAGAAUACCUCAUAUCCAGACCUUGUGUACAUAAUAAUACUUUUUAUUAUAUACACAAGGUCUGGAUAUGAGGUAUUCUGCAAUCUGAUUGGUUCUCUACUAGCAGGAUAUUAGCUCAUAUCCUGCUAGUAGAGAAAAACAAAAUGGCGGCUCAAACUGAAUUUCCGAUUUUUGCGAACGAGAAAACGGCAAGUUGUUCGCUUUUUAUAGCCUUUACAGGAUUAAAAACACAAUGAAAAAACUCCCACAAAUUGUUUACAGGUUAGCAAAUGAAUUUUUAAAAUUUAAAAUGGUUAAAAAUAUAUAUUUUUGAAGAAAUAAUCGGCCGAAAAAUAUUGAAAAUAUCCGAAAAGCAAAGUCUGUGAAUUCAGACCUUGUGUAUAUAAUAAAACAGUUAUUCCACUCACUCUCGUCGAAUAUGAGCGAUAGUCGAUUCGGCGUAGCCUGCGUAGCAGGCGGUAUUCGCGGGCACGAGAGAAUGGGAAGCUAUUGAAGCUCUUUCACGACCUCUAGGCAGAACAGUUUAGAACUGAUAGAAGUAUUAAAUAGAUUUAGUUUAGGUUUCCUACUGUACUGUAGUAAUACUGCUCACUCGUACCCAGUCGUCAAUGUGUACAUAUAUAGAUCAGUGACUGAGGAGUGUGAUUGAUCUUUCCCAUCAUGCACUAUUAUUUUUUUCAAUCCUCAUUCAGGGACUGGGUACGAGUCAGGUAACACUGGGGCACGCCAAAGAAUAGACUCGGCAUUCUUUUCUUUUUCCAAGGUAAUCCAUUAAACAACAGACCACUGUGUACAUUAUCUUUGAAUUGUCGCUAUCAUUUACUGUACAAUCUUGGUGUACAAAUGCUACAUGACGGUCGACCAUUGGUUGCUUUUGAUUGUCUUAUUGAGUCCGUUCAAGUUUAUCAGUCCAAUCCAAGACUAUGGCUACGUCUAGCUGAAUGUUGUAUUAUGGCUCAUCAAAUGGUAAGAGAUAUUGCUUUGGUAGCAAAAGGGUAA